GAUUCCGUAAAUCUAGCGAAAAUGUGUACACAAUAAACAGUACACGCGAGAGAGUGGCGGUUAGCGAAUAUUUCUUAGAUGUAAAGGAAUGGAUACGUAUGGCAAUUUCUCGUCCAACUGCUGGAGUUCAAGACAACAAGAUGCACAAUCAAGUGGUUUCAGCUCAUAUGACCCAUGUUAUUGCAGGAGGAGCCGGAGGUACAGUCGGUGCAAUUUUAACAUGUCCACUUGAGGUCGUCAAAACGAGAUUACAGUCGUCCAACACAUCACUACGCAAAGUGUAUAUUCCCAACGUGAACGCGGGUUUGUCCACUACAGGAGGGGUCACUGAGGUCAAAGGUUACAGCAGGCAGUCCCUGGGAGUUAUCAGAUGCCUAAGGUAUAUCGUUGAGCGUGAAGGUCCCGCUGCACUGUUCAGAGGUCUAGGCCCAAAUCUCAUCGGUGUUGCACCGUCAAGGGCAAUCUAUUUUGGCGCUUACGCACAAACAAAGAGCUUCCUAAAUGACAGAAUAGAGCCUGAGUCAUCGCUAGUACACUUGUUGUCAGCAGGCUUUGCAGGUUUCACAGCGUGCACGCUCACGAACCCCAUAUGGCUGGUCAAAACCAGGCUCCAACUGGAACAUGUCAACGGCAAGAAGCACGCCAACAUGUUCCGCUGCGCCCAGUACGUCCAUCGCAAGGAGGGCCUGAGGGGGUUCUACCGCGGCAUCUCCGCUUCCUACAUGGGGAUCUCGGAGACGGCCAUCCAUUUUGUCCUGUACGAGCACAUCAAGGCCUUGCUGACAGAGCAACACGGCGACGUGUCGGAACAGCGAAGGAAGCUGGACUUUGUCAUGUUCAUGGGUGCCGCGGCCACGUCCAAGACGAUAGCUGCCACGCUGGCCUACCCACACGAGGUUGCUCGGACAAGAUUGCGAGAGGAAGGCAAGAAGUACCGUUCGUUCUUCCAGACACUGGUCACGGUCGCCAGGGAAGAGGGCUACCGGGGAAUGUACGGUGGACUCACCACGCAUCUCGUGAGGCAGAUCCCGAACACGGCCAUCAUGAUGUGCACCUACGAAUUCAUCGUCUAUCUCUUUAAUCGGGUCUAGGGUGAGAACUCGGACAAAAGGG